GCUAAGAUUAAUCCUGUCGUGUAUUAAUAUCUUAAUGUUGCAAUCGUAUAAUUUUUAAAUUAAUUUAAUUUCAGGACAUGGAAAAUGAGCCGGCAAUAGUGGAGUCUCCAGUAGAACCACUGCGCUUGAAGGUAUCCACGCUGGUUUUCGAUGCUUUAGAGGAAAUGUACUUCGCCGGAAGACAUAGCGAUGUUGAGGUCAUAGUACAGAACAAAUCCUUCCGCUGCCAUAAAGUAGUUCUUGCUUCCGUUUCACAGUAUUUUGAUGCUAUGUUUCUGUCGGGAAUGAGAGAAUGCUACGACGGCGUUGUUCACCUGCAAGAGAUUGAAAGUUCUACUUUUGUUGAUAUUCUUGAUUUCAUUUACUCUGGAAAACUAAACAUUUGUACGGAGAAUGCAGAGGAUUUACUGCGCGCGUCGACUCUGUUUCAAAUCAAAGUUCUGCAUAAAAAAUGCGAGGAGUUUCUGAUUGGUCACGUGGCCACUGAAAACUGUAUAGGUGCGUGGAGAUUGGCUAAAACGCACGAGUGUAAAGAACUGGCCAAGAAAGCUUGGUAUGUGAUCCUUGAAAACUUUACAGAUGUGUGUCAAACUGAAGACUUUAAUGUCUUGGACGCAGAAGAAAUGUUUGAAAUAAUCAACGACGAUGACUUACAAGUUACAAAUGAAGAAAUUGUUUGCGAUUCUGUUUUCCGGUGGUAUCGAUUUGAUCCGGAAAAACGAGAGGAACAUACGUCGAAACUGUUCGAGCAUCUCCGAUUGCCACUUUUAAGUUCCGAAUAUCUCUUGCACGAAGUAGAACCGAUGGAACUUGUCGUCAACAAUCAAAAGUGUCGCGAUAUCGUACGAGAGGCAAUUAGUUACCAGAUGUUACCAUCAAGAAGACCGGAUUUUAACUCUCCUCGUGUCACGUUUAGGAGGUAUGCCAACAUGGAGGAAGUUCUUGUAGUAAUUGGCGGAUAUAACGCUUCUAAUGAGAGGGUGGCAGAUGUUCUUGCCUAUAGUUUUGCGCGAAAAACUUGGUUCCAACUAAUGUCAUUGCCAUGGAAAUUAGGUCGCGAGUUUUCUGCAUGCGUUUUUGGGAACGAUAUUUUCGUGUCAGGUGGAUCCCAGAAACUCGAUUCGUUACUCCAAUUUCGAUCCGAGACCAAUGAGUGGGUACGCUGCACAAACAUGAUUCAGGGGCGCAGACGACACGCAAUGGUUGCAUUAGGUGAAUCCCUCUUUGUUCUUGGAGGCUAUGACGACAAUCAAAAAGAAGAAUCAAGCAGAACGCUUUCUGAUAUUGGUGAAUACGCAAUUAGCUCCCACACAUGGUCACACACUGGGGAUCUUGUAACUGCUGUACGAUCAACGACAGCAGCUGUUAGUAAAGAAAAGAUAUUUAUAUUCGGUGGUCUGCUAGCAGAUGAAAAAGAAACAAACAUUGUCCAGUGUUUUGAUACUCGUUUGAAAACUUGUUUCCGUGUUGAGGACUUGCCUUAUGCUUGUAAACUAAGUCGAGCUGUCGUUUGUGAUAAACGGGUAUUUGUCGUCUGCACAGAUGGAAACAUUCUUGGACUAACCGAAGAUGGCGCUAGCAAACCGGUCGCGAGAAUAAAACAUUUCAAUCGCAGGCGAUUUGGAGCUAUACACCACAAAGGGAAUAUCCUUUUAAUCGGCGGGGAAUGCGGUGCAGAAGUCUUUAGAGAUAUAUUUACAUUUAACCCAGACACGGAAAAAUCGUGCACUAUUGCAAGGAAAAAUGUUCCAUCACGUGCGAACUUUGCGGGCCUAAAACUGAUUCUUCAUAAAAAGUUUCUUAAAUAUGACAUCAAAUUUGAUUCUGGAAAGGUGUCUAACCCGACCGCAACACAGUCUAGCUGAUUUAAAAAUGAAAGUGUCUAUAAAAACCGCAACAGUGUGCAGAUGAAAUGCAACACAGUCCAGUUGAAAUAGAAGAAUGAUUUAAAAAUGAAAGAAUUUAUCAAAUCCGCAACACAGUCAAGCUAAAAUAGCAGUGGUUAAAAUGAAAGAGUUUAUAAAAACCGCAAUACAGUCAGAAUGAUUUAUAAAUAAAAGUGUCUAUAAAAUGCAGUGGAAAUCGGUGUCUUAUUACGAGUUCGUAACAUGUAUAAAACAACAUAUUUUUGCUUGAUUUAUUUUUUGAUCUUAGUUUAUAUUUCAAAAAGUUCUCAAAUGAAACUCCUUAUUUUAAAACAUUAAUUGUUUUCUUUUGAAAAUAUUAUUGGACAGAUAACUCAUGCAUA